CACAGAGAGGCUCCUGUCUGAUGAACCAUGAAGCUCAGAGUCUUCUUCAUCUUCGUCUUCAGCGUCUCCGGCUGCCGGGCGGCUUCAGUGUUCCUGGACCCAGGCCCCGCCCACAGUGUGCUGCGGGUCAAGAGGUAUAACUCCGGCUGGUUGGAGGAGCUGCAGAUGGGUGAUCUGAAGAGAGAGUGUCUGGAGGAGAAGUGCUCCUACGAGGAGGCGAGGGAGGUGUUCGAACACACCGAGACCACGGACGAGUUCUGGAGGACGUAUACCCUAGCGGAGGUGUGUGUUUCUGGUCCGUGUCUGAACGGAGGCAGCUGCUCUCCUCAGGGUUCCUCCUUCACCUGCUUCUGCCUCCCAAACUUCAGCGGACUCACCUGUGAGCUGGAGAGGAGUUCGGUGCUGGACACCUGUCUGCUGCAGAACGGAGGCUGUGAGCAUUUCUGUGAUGAAGACGAGGAAGGACGAAGACUGAAGUGCUCCUGUGCCGAUGGAUACUUCCUGCAUGACGACGGGCGGAACUGCGUCGCGAAAGAGGCCAUAGCGUGUGGCAUGGUUCCGGUUCUGCUCGGGGGAAACAAGACGGAGCAGGACCCCCGGGCCCGGAUCGUCGGGGGGGAAGACUGUCCGAAAGGGGAAUGCCCCUGGCAGGUUCUGCUGGUGUACAAAGGGAAAGGGUUCUGUGGAGGAGUGAUCUUUAAACCCUUCUGGAUCCUCACAGCCUCUCACUGCAUAGAGGACACCGAGGUCCAGUUCCUCAAAGUGGUCGCAGGCGAGCACAACACGGCGGUGUCGGAGGGCACGGAGCAGCUGAUCUCGGUGUCUCAGAUCUUGAUGCACGAGGGCUACGUGAAGCACACGGCGGAUAACGACAUCGCGCUGCUGAAGCUAUCUUCGGCCGUCGUCUUCUCUGUGUACGCCGUACCCGCCUGCCUGCCCACGCGUUCGCUGGCAGAGCGCGAGCUGUGGGCGGUGAGCGAGCACACGGUGAGCGGCUGGGGGCGGCGCGCCGAGAACGGGCCGACCUCUAACGUCCUGCGGCGCCUGAAGGUGCCGAGGAUCCGGACGCAGCAGUGCGAGGAGCAGAGCGGCGUGAAGCUAACGGCUAACAUGUUCUGCGCCGGCUACAUCGAGGGUCGCCAGGACUCGUGUAAAGGAGACAGCGGCGGCCCAUUGGUCACUCAGUACCACCGGACCACCUUCCUAUUGGGCAUCGUGAGCUGGGGGCGGGGCUGCGCUCGGCCCGGGAACUACGGCAUCUACACCCGCGUGUCCAACUUCCUGCCCUGGAUACACAACCACACCAGGGCCCUGAACGCACCGCAAGAGAACCAGAACAUGACCCUAAACGCACCACCGGGGAACCAGAUCGUGACCCUGAACGCACCGCCGGGGAACCACAGCGUGACCCUGAAAGCACCGCCGGGGAACCAGAACGUGACCCUGAACGCACCGUCUGGGUUUAGAGGAGACAGUGAACACAUCACGAUGUUUGAGAGGAGCGUCUGCUUUCUGCUGAUCGGCCUCUCUCAGGCUGCAGUGUUUUUGGAGAAGCAGCAGGCGAACAUCGUGCUUCAAAGAUGGCGUCGAGCCAACAGCGGCUUCCUGGAGGAGCUGAAACAGGGAAACCUGGAGCGAGAGUGCAUCGAGGAAAUCUGUUCCUACGAGGAGGCGAGGGAGGUGUUCGAGGACGAGGACAGCACGAAAAAAUUCUGGCUGACGUAUGAACGUCGCGACCCCUGCCUGGUGAACCCGUGUCGUAACAACGGGACGUGCGUCUACAUGGAAACUUCGUACCAAUGUUACUGCAGCGAGGGCUUCGAGGGACAGUACUGCCAGACGGUGAUAGAAGACGCGCUGAAGUGUCUCUAUCAGAACGGACACUGCGAACAGUUCUGCGACGGAUCGGGAGAACAUCGUAAGUGUUUCUGCGCCGACGGAUACAAGCUGGGGGAGGACGGGCGGAGCUGCGUCGCUCAGGUGGAGUUCCCCUGUGGUCAGGUUCCUCCGAAGGAACUGGUCCCAGAUCAGAGUUCAGUGGGUCAGACCCGGCUGGUGGGGGGGAGACAGUGCCCCCCCGGAGACUGUCCCUGGCAGGUUCUGGUCCAGUUGAACGGAGAGAGUCACUGUGGAGGAGUUCUGGUGAACAGCCAAUGGGUGGUCACCGCGGCACACUGUAUCCAUGGCAACAACAGUGGGCAGAACCUCACAGUGGUGGCAGGUGAACACAACCUUGACGUGUUGGAGGGCACGGAGCAGCACACGCCCGUCUCCAUGGCGAUCCCGUACCCUGGUUACGUGGCGUUGUCAGGUGACGGUGACGUGGCGUUACUUAGGCUCCGCCUCCCGGUUACUCAGAGUCCUCGAGUCGUUCCCGUCUGCCUGCCGACUCGAAGCUUCGCCGAACGGGAGCUGCUGCCGGUUCGAUACCACGUGGUGUCGGGGUGGGGGGGGCGCACCGUGGGGGGUAACGCCCUCUCUGCCCCCCCCUCGCCCCCCCCCUCCCCCCUCCUCCGCACCAUGAAUGUUCCCAUCCUGCCGAACGCUGAGUGUUCCCGACGUUCCGGGUUCAACUUCACAGACAACAUGCUGUGCGCCGGGUACCUGGAGGGACAGGCGGACGGUUGCCGUGGCGACGACGGGGCAUCGCUGGUCACGCUGUACGGACACACCCACUUCCUGUCCGGCGUGGUGGGGUGGGGGCGGGGCUGCCAGCAUCCCGGGUAUUAUGGGGUGUAUGCCAAGAUGGCCAACUUCGUGGAGUGGGUGGAGGAGACCAUGAAGAACCCCCCCACUGAGACCCCCCCCAUCGGGAAGCACCUCGACAUGAUGCAGCAGAAACUGGUUUAAACCAUUAUCCACAGGUUUUAGGGGGAUUACCACUUGUUCUUCGACUUGUUGACGGUUACAUGACUUGUUGACGGUUACAUGACUUGUUGACGGUUACCACUUGUUGUUGACGGUUACCACUUGUUGACAGUUACGUGACUUGUUGACGGUUACAUAACUUGUUGACGGUUACAUGACUUGUUGACGGUUACAUAACUUGUUGACUGUUACAUGACUUGUUGUGGACAGUUACGUGACUUGUUGACGGUUACCACUUGUUGACGGUUACCACUUUAUUUCUACAACCCCCUUCUGUUCAGUCUGUAAUAAAUCAUCAGGUUUUGGUCUGUAUUGAAUGUUGAUGAUUAGAAGCUGAAUAAAGUUUCUGAAGCGACCGAU